GCGCGGACUGCGCAUGCUCCCGUUGCUCCUCCGGCUGGCUGGUGGGGACCGGUUGCCGUGGUGAUGGGGGAAGCAGGGAUCCAGGCGUUGCUCUUUGACUUGGACAACACGCUGAUCGAUACGAGCGGGGCCAGCAGACGAGCGGAGACACAGGUUAAAGAUUUAUUGAAAUCACAGUAUGGUUAUGAAGAAUCUGCUGCAAACCUCAUCAUUGAGAAGUUUAAUGCCAAAUUGCAGAUGGAGAAUUUUGAUUGCGUUACAGGAGUAAAUGUUGAUGAGGAACGGGUAUUACAUUUUGAAGCAGCUCUGCAAGAAACAAAUGGUCUUAACGCAGAUCAUGAUUUGGCUACUAAAUGUUACCUUCUGUGGAAAACAACAAGGCUCCAACAUUUUCGCAUCUCAGAGGAAGUGAAGUCCAUGCUGAAGACCCUGCAUCAGUCCUACAAGCUGCUUCUAUUAACUAAUGGCAGCUCUCAGGUCCAGAGGGAAAAGAUUAAUGUUUGCGACUGCCAGCAGUACUUUGACGCGAUAGUAGUAGGGGGUGAACAGCAGGAGCAGAAACCUGCUCUGUCCAUAUUCCAAAAAUGCUUUCAGCUGCUCGGAGUGAAGCCAGAGGCCUGCAUGAUGAUCGGUGAUAAUCCAGAGACCGACAUUAAAGGUGGUGUGAAUGCUGGAGUUCGUACAACUGUCUGGAUAAACAAUGCUAAUCUAAAAUGUGAGGCUGGUGCUAUGCCUGACUACACUGUGAAAUCUGUACUAGAGGUUAUGGAUAUUUUAGGGAAAAAUAGCUCUAAAGUUUAACAGAAAAUAAUCUUUUACUGUAAAAUGUUUCUAAGUAUAAAUCAAAUUAGUUUGAGAGGGGCUUUGAACUUUAUAUUUAAUUUUUUUUCAGAAACAAAGUCCAAACAAUUUCACAGAUUAACAGUGGAUAUUGCAAGGGCUUGGGGUUUUAUUAUGAUAGUUGUGGAAAAUUCAUCAUAAUUCAAUGUAUGGAAUAUUUAUUUUAUCAAAGUUUAGGUUAAUUACAGCUUAAUAAAAGCAUCAACAAGAUAUAAAGGGUGACCAGCUUACUUUCACUAAAAUGUUUUGUCAAUAUGGAAUUUUCAAUUAAAAAGUUAAUGGAAUUUUUAAUGAAGUAGGUAAAGUAUUUAAGAGGGAUGAUUGCAUUUUCAUAAAAUACUAAAAGAUUGUUAUAUUACCCCAAAUUAAUUAUCAUUGUACUGUAUCAUACCUGAAAUGUGAAUCAUACAUUAAAAUCAACC